AUGGACAGUAAAGAAACGCUAAAACCAGACGCCGUGUCGUCCAACGGCGUUUUGGAGAUGUUGUCGACCUCAGAGGGCCACCGUCGGAAUGUCAGCAUGUCCUCUCGGAACCGGGUGGAUGCGCAUUUGAGCCAAGUGCGCUACAGCCACCAUGCCGGAAGCUUGAAGGAGUGGCUUCAGGAGAUCCAAGACUUGUUGGGCGAGAUCAAGCUGUUUUCCAAAGACAACAGCAUCAUUCUGCCCAAGGAACCGCUGGCAGUUCUCCAGCUCGAUUUGAAAAUGGGCGCUUCGGUGGUGGGCACCUCCUUGAUCGAUAAAUCCACUGCGACAUUAUUAGACUCCAGACUUGGUCAAGUUCAACUUCAUGCUGUGCGACUUCUGGACCGGAUUUCAAACACCAGGUCGCACGUUCUAAUCACCGGUGACUUGAACUCGGGCAAGUCAAGUCUCUGUAACGCAUUGCUUCGCAGGAAAAUUCUCCCCGUGGACCAGCAGCCGUGUACAGACGUCUUUUGUGAGGUCCUUGAUGUCUCGAACAACGGUGGCAAAGAAGAGGUCCACGCGGUGCUGCUGAGAACGACAUACGAUAUCGACGACCCCAAAACGUAUCGGGUGUUUGCUCUCGAAAACCUCGACGAACUUGUACAUGAAUCAAAAAUCUACUCUAUUCUCAAAGUCUAUGUCUACGACGACCGGCCUAAAGAGCACAGUUUGCUCAGCAAUGGCGUUGUGGAUAUAUGCUUGAUCGAUGCCCCCGGGCUCAACGUAGAUGUCGAUAAAACCCAGGAGCUUUUCGGACGGCAGGAGGAAAUUGACCUUGUUAUCUUUGUAGUUUCUGCUGAAAACCAUCUCACGCAGAGCUCCAAAGAGUUCAUCCAAGAUACUGCUCGUGAAAAGUCUCUUGUAUUCAUGGUGGUAAACAACUAUGACAAGAUCCGCGACAAACAGCGCUGCCAAGAGCGAAUUCUGGAUCAAGUUGCUGGUCUCAUUCCCGAGACUCACAAGGGCAAAGGCGAUUUCGUCCAUUUUGUCUCCUCGCUCGAGGAUCGGAUCGCCACCCCUCCUCCUUCGUCAUCGGGCUCACCGCCACCCCCUGAUAUUGACGUCGGCCCCGGAUCUCCAGACUUUGACAAGCUUGAGGCAUCGCUGCGUCAAUUUGUUCUUGAAAAACGCAGUACCUCCAAACUACUGCCGGCUCGAAACUUCCUUGUAAAUACACUGAAAGACGUUAAGAUGCUUUCUCGGACGAACCUCGACAGUUCGGCCGCACAGUUUCAAGAGCUCAAAGAAAGGCUCGACGCCCUCACCCCUCAGCUGGACGAGACGAUUGCUGAAGCAGCGGCUGUUUCAGACAAAAUUGACAAGGAUGUUGAGCGGCUCACUCAGGCAAUGUACACUCAGAGCAUGGAGCAUCUCACAACUGUCGUAGACCAAGUUGGUGCCGAGCCAGUUGUCGAAUAUACCGGGUUAUUUGAUAUUGUACAGUACGCCCGCGACACACGCCAAGCACUGAUUGCCAAAAUCCAGGAUGCAGUGGUGCAUAGCGAGGACAACGCCCGUGAAGUCACUGCUACUGCCGUGGAUGCCAUCAAAUCCAUUGGCAUAUUACAUGUUGGCGAACAGCCAGCUUUCACCAAGGUGUUCCAAAAGAGUGCCAUGUUCAGUCGUCGUAGAGACAACCUCGGCCGAAGCAUUCGGGCUGAAUUGUCAGUGUUUGACUUUAUUGAUUUGGGUUUCCUGCUGGAGCGCCCCCUUCCUGUGUUGCAAGCUUCCAAACAAGCCCUGACCACAUCCACGAGCAGUGUUAGCAAUGCACUUACUUUGUUUAGUAUCGUUGGUGGCGGUCAGUUAGCACUAAGCUCUCAAGCAGCCAGAGCAAUUGAUUGGCAGCUUGUUCGCAAGCUAUGGGUACCUAUGGUUGCUGUUGUCACGGUGGGACUCGCUGCGUAUAUGGUGCAUGAGAUGCCACGCACGGUCCCUCGCAAGAUUGCCCGUAAAAUCGCGUUCGAGAUCGACGACAUGGGCUAUGUGCGGGCUAAUGCCGAUCGCAUUGCUGGAGAGUGCCGCAAGGUUCUCAAGUACCCCAGCCAGGACGUUCGGUCUGCGUUCCAAACCAAGGUCGAGCAGGUCGCAAGAGAGCGGGAUGAUCUUGAAAAACACACAUACGAGGCUCAGUACUCGCGUGAAUUUUUCACUAAAGUCGAUGACGACAGUGACAAGCUUUACCAGAAGGUCGAAGCCCUCAACCUCGUCGAUUAG